CGGCCGGCCCGGCCCCGCCGCGCCUCAGUCGGCGAGAGGCCGCGGGCGCGCGCGGAGCUGCAGCCGCUGCCGCCCCCUGCGGCCGCCGCGCCGCCUCCCCUCUGCUCCCCUCCCCUGUCCCCGCCAUGGAGUGAGGCCCCCGCCGGACGGCCGGACGGGGGGGCCCCGCCGCGCCUCGAUGGCUCUGGUCACGGUGCAGCGCUCGCCUACCCCCAGCGCCACUUCCAGCCCCUGCGCCUCGUAUAGUGUAUGGACAGCGCCAUGGGUUAGGGAACACUUCAGCUUCAUCUUCAGAGACUUUUCGUAUGUAGCCUUCUGCUGAAGUCAAUGGGUGUGGAGGAGGCAGACAGCGGGGAAGAAGAAUGCCGGUCCCAGCCCAGAAGCAUCAGCGAAAGCUUCCUCACUGUGAAAGGUGCAGCUCUCUUCCUGCCACGAGGAAAUGGCUCAUCCACUCCCAGGAUCAGUCACAGGCGCAACAAACAUGCAGGGGAUCUCCAGCAGCACCUGCAGGCCAUGUUCAUCCUGCUCCGCCCAGAAGACAACAUCAGACUGGCUGUAAGACUGGAAAGUACCUACCAGAACCGCACUAGAUACAUGGUGGUGGUGUCCACCAAUGGCAGACAGGACACGGAGGAGAGCAUCGUCCUAGGAAUGGAUUUCUCUUCCAAUGACAGUAGCACUUGUACAAUGGGCUUGGUGCUGCCUCUCUGGAGUGACACCUUGAUCCACCUGGAUGGGGAUGGAGGGUUCAGCGUAUCAACAGAUAACAGGGUGCACAUAUUCAAGCCCGUGUCUGUACAGGCAAUGUGGUCUGCUCUGCAGAGUUUGCAUAAGGCUUGUGAAGUGGCACGGAGCAACAAUUACUAUCCAGGGAGCCUCUUCCUCACGUGGGUCAGUUACUAUGAGAGCCACAUCAACUCUGACCAGUCGUCAGUCAACGAGUGGAAUGCCAUGCAAGAUGUGCAGUCCCACCGGCCCGACUCGCCCGCCCUCUUCACAGAUGUCCCAACUGAGCGGGAACGCACGGAACGGCUGAUUAAGACCAAAUUAAGGGAGAUCAUGAUGCAGAAAGAUUUGGAGAACAUCACCUCAAAAGAGAUACGCACGGAGCUGGAGAUGCAGAUGGUGUGUAACCUGCGGGAGUUCAAGGAAUUCAUUGACAAUGAAAUGAUAGUGAUCCUGGGGCAGAUGGACAGCCCCACACAGAUAUUUGAUCAUGUCUUUUUGGGCUCAGAAUGGAAUGCCUCCAAUUUGGAAGAUUUGCAGAACAGAGGGGUACGGUACAUUUUGAAUGUGACUCGAGAAAUAGACAAUUUCUUCCCUGGGCUCUUUGAAUAUCACAAUAUCAGGGUAUAUGAUGAAGAAGCUACAGAUCUUCUGGCUUACUGGAAUGAUACCUACAAAUUCAUCUCCAAGGCAAAGAAAAAUGGUUCUAAGUGCCUGGUGCACUGCAAGAUGGGGGUGAGCCGCUCAGCAUCCACAGUGAUUGCCUAUGCCAUGAAGGAAUAUGGCUGGAACCUGGACAGGGCCUACGACUACGUGAAGGAGCGGCGCACCGUCACCAAGCCCAACCCCAGCUUCAUGCGGCAGCUGGAGGAGUACCAAGGGAUCCUGCUGGCCAGCAAGCAGCGGCACAACAAACUGUGGCGCUCGCACUCGGACAGCGACCUCUCGGAUCACCACGAGCCCAUCUGCAAGGCUGGGCUGGAGCUGAACAAAAAGGAGAUCACCACCUCAGCUGACCAGAUCUCAGAGGCCAAGACCAAUGACAACCAGCAGCCCAUGUCUCCCAUCUACUCAGCUGAGCUGGACAAGGAGCAGCAGCUCCCAGAGGACACAAACAUGAUCGAGGAUGUGUGUGUGAAGGAGAGAAGGAUCCACUUAGAGUUUACUUGCAGAGACUUCCACACUGAGCAGAUGGAGGACAAGCUGAACCUGAACAAUAUCAAUGGCUGUACAGCAGGGUGUUGUGUAGACUCUGUCCCCCCUGACAACUGCCGUGCUUCCGAGGCCUUAAUGCAGCUCCAGCACCCCUUGGAAAUAACAGAGUUUCCUGAUCUGACAGUGGAUGAUCUAGAAAAAGAUGCCCUUAAGCCUGAUAUGAACGUGCACUUGGUUCCCAUGGAAGAAUUCACUUCAUGCUUAAAAGACUUCCCCCAAUCCCCAAACCAGAAUUCCCUAGGCCUCCAACAGAACCCUCAGCCCGAAGUGACAGACCUCAGCACAGACAGGAUUGAUUUCUUCAGCGCUUUGGAGAAAUUUGUGGAGCUCUCCCAGGAGAGCCGGUCACGAACCUGCUCCCAUUCCAGGCCAGAGGAGCAAGGGACUGGGAGGAAUGGGGUCUCCAGGGUGCCCGUGCUGGAAGUGCCACCUGCUGCAGAUGGGGGUGCAGAUGCUCGGAGGAGCAGCCCUGGAAACUCUCCUCAGCCCUCCGAUGACUCUUCCACAGAUGAAGAGCAACAAAAGGAGGUCCCUGAGCUGCCUGGUGCAGGUCAUCUCACGAGAUCCCACUCGGAAAAUGCCAUUUCUGUGAAGGAAAUUAUCACAGAGAUUGAGUCAAUCAACCAGGGAGCAGGACCUGCCCAGCAGAAAGAGGGUUCAGCCAACCUCAGCCAGACACCAAAGAGGAACACGGUGCAUGACCUGCCAGUGGAGGUGAUUUGGGCAUCAGAAAAGUUGGAACAGAGUGAAGGAGCCUGUGCUGGACAGCAGGAGAAGGAGAAGGACCCUCUGCCAACUGAGCAGGAAGAAGCCCCAUCUCUGCAGCUGGCUUCUGGUAGAUCAGACCUGGAGGAAAGCAGCUCUGGUGGGGAGCAGCAGGAGCCUCGCGGCUCCACCAAGCCCGAGCCCAAGUGGUGCCCCGGCUCCGUCCGGCGAGCCACGCUGGAGUUCGAGGAGCGCUUGAGGCAGGAGCAGGAGCACCAGCACACGGCCCCAGCCUGCGCGUUACCCACCCGCAAGAACUCCAGGAACGACUCUGCUGCUGCUGCCGAGCUCCUGCCGCGGGGGAAGAGCGAGGAGCCGCCCCCGGAGCGGGACAGGGCGCAGGGUCCGGGCGCUGGGGAGCCGCCGCUGCCUCCCGGGACAGAGCAGCCUGCGGGCAGACAGCUGCCUGCACCCCUCGGGCCCCCUGCCCAGGAGCCCCUGCCCGCAGAGCCCGGCCCGGGGCAGGAGGGAGCGGCACAGGAGCGCAGGACAGUGGUCUCGUUUGAUGGGAUGGAGGAGCCAUCCCUGCCCUCCCUCCUCCCAAAGAGAAUCGAAAUCAUCGAAUACACCCUCACGGUCAAGCCUGCAGAGCAGCCCCCCAGUACAAGCUGUGAGCAGGGCGGGCUGGCUGCGGCCACCCCGUCUUUGGAUGAAAACUUGAACCCCUCGAUGUGCUUGGAGAAGGCUCUGGUGGAUCCCUUGACCCCAGAGCACGCGGUACACAAGCAGGCUGCCUUUGCCGUGGGCAGCCCCGGCGAGGAAGGCAGUGGGAUAUCUGCUCACCUCCCUGCUGCUUCUCCCUCUGCCCAGGUGACCUGUCCACCUUCAGCCAGCCUCGAGCGCUCUCCUUACCCCUGCAUCAUCCACCUGGAAGGUGUCACCGAGCAGAGCACGGCUACAGAGGAUGAGCCGGUCACGCCGUGUGGCACCAAGGGAGAUGGGACUCUGCUGUUCAGGGACGGUCCCAAACCUCCCUGCGGGGGCAGUGCUGGCAUCUCGAGGCAGCUGAGCAGCGAGGACUCCACCAGGCAGCGUGCUGAAAACAUGGACCUUCUGGACAUCUCGUUCCUGUGUUACAGCCUGCCUCACAGCUCCAGCAGCCUCAGCGUGGAGGAGCGCUCCAGCAGCCCCGGGCCGGUCAAGCAGCAGGCGAAGGAAAUCGAGGCUCGGAUCCGGCACGCGGGGCUCACCAGACCAUCCCACAUGAAGCGCUCGGCAUCCCUGGCCAAACUGGACUGCCUGGAGCUCUCCAAGGACGACUUACACGACAGGGAGUCGGCCUCUUGCAAUGCCAACCCGGUGCUUCUCACCUGCGUUGCCCUCGGUCGAGGCUUUUGUGGGGGGAGGUUGGAGAGGGGCUCGGAGAGCGCGUGUGGGAAGCAUCGCCUGUCCUCCCCAGAGCCCACAAAGCAUUUUGUGGAGCAGCUCAGAACAGCCGAGUGCAUUGCCCAGAGCAUGCCGGUGGAGAGGCCGCUGGCUCAGUACGCCAAAGAGUGCAGCUCCAGCCAGCAGAGUUUGUGUUCCAGUGCAGAUCCCACAUGGACUAGCUCCGGGGAGCGCCCUCCGCUGCUCCAGGUGCAGGUCCUGGACUCCUUGUCUCCAUCUCAAGCUCUGGCUGUUGCCCCACGGCAGCAGCACGGGAGAACUCACCCUCUGAGGAGGCUCAAAAAGACCAAUGACAAAAAGCGGACAACCAAUCCCCUCUACAACACGAUGUGAUCCUGGGCCCUUGGCUGUGAUUUCUUACCCAGAACCCGUGGUGUUGCUUUCACGCAAGGGGCAGGUGUAAUAUAAGGAACAUGCACUUUAUUGGUUAAUUUUAUAUAUAUUGUCAUUUUACUGUUCCUGGCGCAUGUAGGUGUGGGUUGGUUCUUCUGUGUGUGACUCUGACUGCAGGACUGUUUGGGUUUUUUUUAAGUUUAACUCAGAUAACCUCAAAUGUUCUUUUUUUUUGUUGUUGAUAGUUUGUUUUAAAAGAACACCUUUAUCAUGAGAAAAUUGAUGUUGGCUUGCUUUGGCAAGGUGGAGUUUGGAGUUUUGAACCAGAUCCUAGUUCCUAACUUGAAUUUUCCCCAUGCCUUGAAAUGGUGCUGGGCAGUUGGUGGGGUGAGAGCCCCUGUAAAUGUGAAGGUUGUGCCAAGGUCCCUUUGUUUGGCCUUUCUUUUAUUCUGCAAACUGGAACUCCACCAUGCUGGCAGAUCCCUCACAAAGCUGCUUCAGGACAAACACCCUGGGCUUAGUUCAGCUCGUGCUUCCCUAUAAGGAGCACACAGGGGUAAAUCUUCCCAAUGGAUGGGCUCCAAUAAUCCUGGGCAGCACCAAGACCAGCUCUCCCAUCUGCCAUGGGGCACACAGAGCUCUCUGCUCUGUGCUGAGGUGGGACAGAGCUCCUCCAGGAGCCACAUUCACCUCUAGCCCCAAAGCCAGUGUUCUUUUAAAACAAACGCCUCAUUAGGGUUUUAACCCUCCCAUUACUUGAAUACUGCUGUGGGCCUUCCAAGUUCAUGGCCAUAUCAUCUGUCCUCUGCCCCAAAGCUGUUUGUGUGCUGCCUGAGUUUUCCUCUCCCCCCUGCCAUGCUCACGGGUGUUUCUGGUGGCUCCCAAAACUUGAGCUAUUUUGUUACAUGACAUACUGCCCUUAAUGCAUAGCUUUGUCCUCUCUGCUGUCACUCCUAACUCUAGACCCAGAGGGAAAAUAUUUUCUGGAAGUUUUUUCUUUUUUUUUUUUCAUUAUUUUUUGCCUAAAUUGUAUAUAUGAUAUUUAUAUGAAUUUUUUUUGUCUUUUCUAUGUUUUUUUUUUUUUAAAGAAGGGCAAGACUGCAUUCUGUAAACUGGAAAACAAACCCACGUUACUCCAACUCAGUGCUGUUCUUUGUGAUCUGCACAGACAUGGGAGUGGAUUUGACAUUAUAAGCUGUCUUCCCUUUCCAAAAGUGAGCCUGGAUGCCAAAUGUGUCCCUUCUCUUCCAGUCCUGUGUGAACCCUCGUUGUCCCACUGUGGGAGGGGCACUGUGUGUCUGCCCAUCUCCUUCCUGCUGGAAGCUGGGUUCCAGGGGUACCAGUUGGACAUGGAAAGCCAUUCUGCAGGUUCUUGCUUCCCUGGAGAAACUCUGUGUGAAGGCUCUGCUCCAAAUUUCAGCAAAUUAUUUCGUGGUUUCUGAGCAGUUUGGCUAAAUCAAAGCUCCUCAUUUCCAGCUGUGUGCAUCAGCAAGUUGAUCCUGUGCUGCAGAGCAGAGGGAAAGGCCAAGGGGAGCUCUGGGUCCUGUCCACAGUCCCGUGGCAGGUCCUGCUGCUUGGCUGGGGCCCAGACCUGCCCUCUGGGGAGGAGCAAAGCAAAGAGAAGAUGCAGAAUGGCUCAGGCUGCUCAAGCCCAGCAUGGAGAGGACAUGGUGUGGGAGGAGCAGCAGCCAAGCCCGUGCCUAGAAAGCAGCCCUAAAGCUGCAGAGCCUUGCGGGCUCAGAUGGGACAAGCCCCCCUUGAGCUGGAGAGGAGCACACUGGAGCGUGCUGGAGUAUUGGGAAGCAGCAUCUGCCUGCCCUGGGGAAGGGGUGUGGGGUAUCCUCAGCCCACAGCUGGCUGGCAGGGUAAUGCCACCUUGCUGCCCUCCUGUAGCCCUCAGGACCCUCCUGUGCUGCCUUGCAGCCUGGGCAAGGUCUGUGAGUCUGUCUGUGCUCCAGCAGCCGUGAGCACUGUCCCUCCCUUUCCUCAGCUCUGGCAGGGGGCUGUUACCCUGCUGGAGCACAGCCCUGUCCUGGGUCAAUCAGCACGUCUUCCCAGGCCAUUUCAGUCGCUAGAAGUCACCCAGCCCCUGGCCCAGGAGGCCAGAUAUUUCUCUGGGACACUGAAAGACAUGUGGCUUCUCCUAGCCCGCUCCAGCUGGCUCCGGAGCAGGGCAGGCACUGUGGAAAGGCCAAGUGGCUCAUGUCAUCUGGAGAAGGACAGGUUCAGUCCCUGCCUCCCCCACAAGCUUCACCAGGCCCCACUGCCCACCAUUCUAACCCCAAGGACAUUCCUGCCUGCCCCUCCAGGGGUGGAAGGGACUGCUUGCCACCAGCCUGCCUUGCAUUGGAGGGCGUGUGCUUGGCUGGCAGCAUGUCCUGGUGACAGGAUCUGCUCAGGAGGGAAAAGCCCUGUGUAGAAUUUUUUCCCUUGAGAAGGCAGGAGGAGGAAAAGGAUCAGAUUUCUUUGCCCAGCUUGAUCUCAGGAGAAAUGCCCUCUGGGAAGGGUCUUCAAUGCAGGCCAGAAAUGCUGCUUCCUUCCAAUACUCGGCUGCUCUGCGGGUGCUUCAGCUGGGGAGAGCAGCAGAGGGGCAGAGGCCCCUGCAGGGAGGUGCUUUGCUGUCCCCUUGUCCUUGGCUCUGGCCCAGCACAACUGGUUUUUCUCUGAGGAGGCUGUGGGCAGGCAGAGGGAGUUGGGGAAGGUGAUUCUCUUGCAGAGUGAUGAAGGCCUUGAAGGUCUGGAGGCUCUGAGCAGGAUGGCAGGAAGGGGAUGGACUGGGGGGAUGGACCUCCUUUUCCAGUGUCUGGGCAAUGAAGCCACCAAGCCCCUGGCAUCAGAGGUCUCUGCUGGGGACAAUUGUCCCUUUUCCAUGCUGGUGGCUCGUGGGAGGUGAUGAAUCUCUCCUGGUUCCUGUAGCCACCCCACAAGAGCUUCUUGUGGCCUGCUGAGCACCCCAGGGAGCAGCAGCACCUGCAGGGUGCUCAGCAGCUGACAAGCCUCGCGGGUAGAAGGGGUUUGGGAGAAACGUGUUUGUUUUAAGGGCAUUUUUGUACAAAGCAACUGUUCUUUGGUCUCUGGCGAAGCCUCUCGGAGGACGCUUUAUUGUUUACAUGACUCCUGUACAAUAUCCCAGCCAUCGCUGCCCCGUCCCGGCCGUACUGUAACGUGUGAGCCUUGCACAGACGGACUGCGUGUGCGUGAAACUGGUUUUACACUGCGUUCUGUUGCACUCGGUGGUGUGUGUGGGUGCUGUGUGCGUGUUCGAGCGUGUGUCCGGUCUGCUUGAGGAGUUGUGACCUGUACAAAUCUCUCCCCUCUCGGCCCUUUCCUGGGGGCACAGUCCCAGCGGGUGGCAGGAGGUGACGCCCUUCUGGGUCACUGGGGUGUUCAGGCUGAGCAGGGAUUAGCUCAGUGUCCCUCUGCCAGCCAAGGCCUGGUGGAAGGGAUCCUGCCUCACCGCCGGCUGCUCGGGGACCUCCUGGGAGCCCCGAGUGGCCGCAGGGGCCCUGCACCUGCAGGAGACUCACAGCUCCCUGGCAGGAGGAAGCCAUACCCACCACAGGGCCCUGCUCCCCGCACGGCGCGUCCUGCCUUAAUUUGGUCCUGGCUCCACACAAACUCCCCCGGUUCUCCCCCGGGGAGGGGCCCCGGGCCCUUGGUGUGGGGCAGAGGCAGGGGCUGGCCUGGCGCGGGGGGCCCGGGCUGGUGCAGGGCUCGGUGCCUGUCCAGCAGUGCUGCCAGAGGUGCUAACAGCCCGCCCACGCUGCAGACAUCUCUGUUGGCACGAGAGAAGGUGCCAGUGCCUUUUAUUUUCCUUUCUGGAGAUGUGACGUCCGUGCGCUGGUUUGUAGGGAUUGUCCAGGGCCGAGCAGCUGGCGGUGGGGUUGUGAAUCAGGGAGGGGAGCGCUUCUGUCUGCCCCUCCUGCAUCUUCCUUGGUGGCUGGGAUCGUCCCCUUUCCCCCUAAAGACUUUAUGACCGAUGUGCUCAGCUGUUUUUAAAUGUGAACUUGUGCACUGACGUGCAGAUUCAAUGUUCUUGUUACCGAAUGAAUAAAAGUUUUAUUUUGAAGAUGACAAGGGUGUGUGGCUUCCUGUUUGGGGUCGGUGCUGGGGGUGAGGGAGUGAUCUGUGCUGCUCUCAGAGCACGGAGUGGCAGUGCUCUGGAAAGCCAGAGCAGGGUUGUUCCCUCUCGUGGAUGGUCCUGUCCUGUCCCAAGCGAUGGGGCCAUGCUUCCAAGCAAGAGGUA